AUGAACAAACAGAAAUCGGCAACAUUUAUUCGAAGUGCCAGUGAAAUGGUUCGACGUACUCUUUGCGGGGUGAUUGAUUCGUCAAGUAAACAUUGUCUCAUAGCUAACGAUCACAUUAUUAUAAUUACCCUAUGUGAUACCACUCAUUGCGAUUGUGCUCAGAUGGAUUUUCCUCACAUCCCACGUCGACAUGUCAUUUCCAACGUUACAUUAGACGAUUAUAAUUGCUUUCCAAUUCCAUUUACGCUUUACUACAACGAUGGAGAAAUUGAUGAAAAUCUUUGCUAUGGAAUUCGAUGUGAUAUUGUAAAUAAAUCGAAUGAGAUUAUCUACACAUCUCAUCGGUUUAUACCUGUGUUAACGAAUAAACAUCCAAAGACGAAUAUACACAUCGUUGUUGGACCAACAGAAGAUGUAUGA